AGCGGCGGGGGCGGAGAGAGGCGGCCGGGGCGGCGCUGGCUGCGGAGGCCGCGGCGGGAGCGGGAGCGCGGCGCGGGAGCCCGAGGCUGAGACUCACCGGAGGAAGCGGCGCGAGCGCCCCGCCAUCGUCCCGUGUUAUAGUUUUGCCGCUGGACUCUUCCCUCCCUUCCCCCACCCCAUCAGGAUGAUAUGAGACUUGAAAGAAGACGAUGCAUACAGGAGGAGAGACUUCAGCAUGCAAACCUUCAUCUGUUCGGCUUGCACCGUCAUUUUCAUUCCAUGCUGCUGGCCUUCAGAUGGCUGGACAGAUGCCCCAUUCACACCCGUACAGUGACCGUCGCCAGCCAAGCAUAAGUGACCAGCAGGUUUCUGCCUUAGCGUAUUCUGACCAGAUUCAGCAACCUCUAACCAACCAGAGGCGGAUGCCCCAAACCUUCCGUGACCCAGCAACUGCUCCCUUGAGAAAACUUUCUGUUGACUUGAUCAAAACAUACAAGCAUAUUAAUGAGGUUUACUAUGCAAAAAAGAAGCGAAGACACCAACAGGGCCAGGGAGACGAUUCUAGUCAUAAGAAGGAACGGAAGGUUUACAAUGAUGGUUAUGAUGAUGAUAACUAUGAUUAUAUUGUAAAAAACGGAGAAAAGUGGAUGGAUCGUUACGAAAUCGACUCCUUGAUAGGCAAAGGUUCAUUUGGACAGGUUGUAAAGGCAUAUGAUCGUGUGGAGCAAGAAUGGGUUGCCAUUAAAAUAAUAAAGAACAAGAAGGCUUUUCUGAAUCAAGCGCAGAUAGAAGUGCGACUUCUUGAGCUCAUGAACAAACAUGACACUGAAAUGAAAUACUACAUAGUGCAUUUGAAACGUCACUUUAUGUUUCGAAACCAUCUCUGUUUAGUUUUUGAAAUGCUCUCCUACAACCUCUAUGACUUGCUGAGAAACACCAAUUUCCGAGGGGUCUCUUUGAACCUCACACGAAAGUUUGCACAACAGAUGUGCACUGCACUGCUUUUCCUUGCGACUCCAGAACUUAGUAUCAUUCACUGUGAUCUAAAACCUGAAAAUAUCCUUCUUUGUAACCCCAAACGCAGUGCAAUCAAGAUCGUUGACUUUGGCAGUUCUUGUCAGUUGGGGCAGAGGAUAUACCAGUAUAUUCAGAGUCGCUUUUAUCGGUCUCCAGAGGUGCUACUGGGAAUGCCUUAUGACCUUGCCAUUGAUAUGUGGUCCCUCGGGUGUAUUUUGGUUGAAAUGCACACUGGAGAACCUCUGUUCAGUGGUGCCAAUGAGGUAGAUCAGAUGAAUAAAAUAGUGGAAGUUCUGGGUAUUCCACCUGCUCAUAUUCUUGACCAAGCACCAAAAGCAAGAAAGUUCUUUGAGAAGUUGCCAGAUGGCACUUGGAACUUAAAGAAGACCAAAGAUGGAAAACGGGAGUACAAACCACCAGGAACCCGUAAACUUCAUAACAUUCUUGGAGUGGAAACAGGAGGACCUGGUGGGCGACGUGCUGGGGAGUCAGGUCAUACGGUCGCUGACUACUUGAAGUUCAAAGACCUCAUUUUAAGGAUGCUUGAUUAUGACCCCAAAACUCGAAUUCAACCUUAUUAUGCUCUGCAGCACAGUUUCUUCAAGAAAACAGCUGAUGAAGGUACAAAUACAAGUAAUAGUGUGUCUACAAGCCCCGCCAUGGAGCAGUCUCAGUCUUCGGGCACCACCUCCAGUACAUCAUCAAGCUCAGGUGGCUCAUCGGGGACAAGCAACAGUGGGAGAGCCCGGUCGGAUCCGACGCACCAGCAUCGGCACAGUGGCGGGCACUUCACAGCUGCCGUGCAGGCCAUGGACUGCGAAACACACAGUCCCCAGGUGCGUCAGCAAUUUCCUGCUCCUCUUGGUUGGUCAGGCACUGAAGCUCCUACACAGGUCACUGUUGAAACUCAUCCUGUUCAAGAAACAACCUUUCAUGUAGCCCCUCAACAGAAUGCAUUGCAUCAUCACCAUGGUAACAGUUCCCAUCACCAUCACCACCACCACCACCAUCACCACCACCAUGGACAACAAGCCUUGGGUAACCGGACCAGGCCAAGGGUCUACAAUUCUCCAACGAAUAGCUCCUCUACCCAAGAUUCUAUGGAGGUUGGCCACAGUCACCACUCCAUGACAUCCCUGUCUUCCUCAACAACUUCUUCCUCGACAUCUUCCUCCUCUACUGGUAAUCAAGGCAAUCAGGCCUACCAGAAUCGCCCAGUGGCUGCUAAUACCUUGGACUUUGGACAGAAUGGAGCUAUGGACGUUAAUUUGACCGUCUACUCCAAUCCCCGCCAAGAGACUGGCAUAGCUGGACAUCCAACUUACCAAUUUUCCGCUAAUACAGGUCCUGCACAUUACAUGACUGAAGGACAUCUGACAAUGAGGCAAGGGGCUGAUAGAGAAGAGUCCCCCAUGACAGGAGUUUGUGUGCAACAGAGUCCUGUAGCUAGCUCGUGACUACAUUGAAACUUGAGUUUGUUUCUUGUGUGUUUUUAUAGAAGUGGUGUUUUUUUUCCAAAAACAAAGUGCAAAGCUGCUUGAAUCAGAAGGAGAUUAACACACUGAACCGCUACAAGAGGGCAAAGCUGACUUUUUUUUUUUUUAACUUGAAAAGUUUGCAAAGGGACAUUGAAGUGUUUAAAAGAGCCAUGUCCAAACCCAUCUUCAUGGAUAGCUCAGAGGUAUCCUCUUUUUGCUCCCCCAUUUUAACUUGCCACAUCCCAAUCAUAGUGGGUUUUUUUUGUCUUUCUAUUCAGCGAAAAUAUUCAGAUGUUGGUCUUGGUCAUUUGCCAACUAAUUUUAAAAUAAAAGGCACUGCACAUAAUUUGCAUAAAGGGCCCAUGAGGGUGUUUUUUUUUUUCUUUUUGUCCCCCCCACUAUUUUUUUGUUCUGUUUUGUUUUGGGUGGGAGGGUGGGAAAUUUGGGUUUUUUAAGUCCUCUAAACACACUUGGGCACGGAAAUGCAGUACUGUAAGGAAGAGGGACCUCCAGCUUCCACAAACACCAUCUUCAGCUGUAUGAAAGGGACGGUUGUGUUGAAGUUUGUCAGGCACAGUAAGCAUGCUGAGUGGCGGGGAUCAGAACUCUCCUAUCUGAACCUACUGAGGAUCAAAGCAGCAAUUACAUGGGAUCCUGUGGCUCUCCUGUUGUAGAGGCCACAGGAAGAUAGGAUGGAACGUGACUGGUCUCCUAACCAAGGUGCACUGAGAAGCAAUCAACGGGUCAGUCGUGGCCAGUCCUGGGGAGGUCUGAGUGGUGGUCUUUGGGAUAACCUUUGGCCUUAUGGAUUUGGACUCGAAAUUAGAAGAGCCUACCAUUUCAGAUGCAAUCACUUUUGGACAUGCUUUUGCAGACAGUCCUUAAUGCUGAAAACACAGAGAAUGGGUAAUUCAAGAGGCCUUUCUUUUAAAAUAGACUUUUGUGACCCACUAAUUGUAAGGUAUUGCAAGGUCACUUUGCGUGUGUCAUAAAGUUGACUUCCUUAUUGGUUGAAGGUCACAGAAGUAGUGGUUUGCUUUGAUGGAAAUAGCUACAGCUGUGUCCCUUCCUGCUUUUUACUUUUUCUUUUGCUUUUUCUCGGCACGUGGUAUCUCCACCAUUUCUUCUGCACAAAGAUGUCUUCUGUUCAUCCUGAACAUUUUUAAAAAAUGCAGAAUUUUAUGUGACUGCUUUUUUGCCUCACAAUUAUGCUGUGAAUUUUACAAAAAUUUAUUUUCUUUUUUGAUAAUUUAUUGUACCAAAGCUGUUUUUAUAGCACAUAGAUGUCUGUAACCAAUAAUGUAGCAGUUCUGCACUUUGACACAAGGUGUAACUAGACCAUUUUUAAAUGUCAGUUGAAAAUUAUGGCUGUACUAUUGCUUAAACAAAACUGGAACUGUUGUUGAAUCCAUAGCCAAUACAUUUACAGCAAUCUGUGUACUGAGCAUAAUAGAUUGACAUCUAAUUCAAGAUUACAACAUCUGUUACAUUCUAAGUGUGUUCAGGCUUCUGAAGGUAAAGGGACACUGGAUCCAGAAGCUAUGGAACCAGCAGUUGAUUCUUGUAUUCCUGAUUAACCUACUUGUAAACUUGAAAGCAAGACCUUGAUUGCACCAACAGGUCCCGAGUAUGAGCGCAAGUAAAGCAGAACUCUCAUGCGUGACCUGAGCAGACAGGCUGGUAUUAUUAACAGGUGCCUCGUGUUGAGAUUACGCUGCCUUAAUGUAACACAGUCUGGCAGUUGCUAAAUUUGUGUUCCCAUUUUAAAUUGACCAAUUUUGGGGUGUGACACUUUUGAGCGGUUGAAUUGGGAGAAUGAAGUAAUUUACCUGUCCAGGAUCAAAAGAAGCCUAGAAAAGAAGCAGUAAUCUACCUCUGCCGCUAACCUGUUUAAGACGACUCAGCAGAACACCGCCUUUCAUUCGAUUGGGCAAUUCCAUGUGGCUGACUAGGUCAAUUUUUUUUCUGAACAAAAGCAGGUUUUUAUAUGUAAACAGUGACAAAAGAAAGGCUAAACACUAUGUAAAUGUGAAUGGAAACUUGGAAAUACUCGUUUUUAUAAACUACAGAAAUUUUUUGUUGUUUAUCAGGAAAUCCAUAUUUAUUUUGUAAUUAACUGUCAAGCCUGUGGAUGAUUUUUUUGAACUUGGUAGUUCUUAAAGGUUUACAGUGAAUAAAAGGAUAUCAUCUUGAGUAUAGCAAUAUCAAAAGGAAUUCAGUAGUUACUGCUGUUUAGGAAUAUAAGGUUAAGAUAUCAUAUGGGUCAGGUCAUUUUUUUUCUGUGCUGGUUGCCACAUCUUAGCAAGCACCAAAAAACUAAAGCAGUUUUUAAACCGAUAUUUACAUAAAGAAAAUCAUAAAAUCCAAUGCUUCUGCAUACUGUGUUAUGUUACAGUCCAGUUUUGUGUGCUUUACUACACAGUUUGGUUACAGGACUUCUGUGCAUUGUAAACAUAAACAGCAUGGAAAAGGUUAAAUACCUGUGUUCAGAUUGUAAGAUCUAGUCCGGACUUGCUGUGUAUAUUGUAACGUUAAAUGAAAAAAGAACCCCCCUUUGUAUUAUAGUCAUGCGGUCUUAUGUAUGAUAAACAGUUGAAUAAUUUGUCCUCA